UAUUCAUCUUUCACGCGAUUCGAGGUCGUCGCUUCGACCUGGCUCAACUUGAAUUUUUUCACGGCUUGGGAUGAGAUAUCACUUACACGAUUUGGCUUUGCAGAUCAUUUAACUGACACUUUUCCGCGUGAUUGCUUUUGGAGAUCCAUAAGCAAAAUGUUGGCUGAGGAGAGCUCUUCUAGUGAAGGCAGCAUGGUGGGUCUCAUGUGCGUCGAUGGCGUUAUCCUGGCCACCAAUUCAAGGGAACAUGCUCUUUACCACUUGGAUGAACGCAUCUACUGUUGUGCCCCUCGAUCUGGAUUAAAUCGCGAUUUAAUUCUGUCAGUGGGCGCCGUGGUGGAUUAUCAAUCCCGCGUUUGGGGAUUCAAAUUAAUGGUGGCCCAAGUGCGGGAUAUAUUGUGCCGGAAGUACGAAGAUGUUGAAUCGGUGGACGUUAUAAUAGCUGGGCAGGAUGACAAGGGUCUUCAUGUCUUCAGUUUGAAGCCGCAUGGCAAAUGGAAGAACGUGAUUUACACAGCAAAAGGCAAGGAAGCAAAUAAUAUUAUAACUUUUUUGGCCAAGAACUGGAACGUGCAGUUGAAACUCCAAAAGGCUGAGAAGCUAGCUCUAAAGUCAUUGAACUUAAAGGAGAAUGACUACCGGGAUGUGUGCGUUAUCUAUAAAGUUGUAAACAGUCGGAUUGAGGAGGAACCACAUAUGGAAGUAGAUCCAGUCAACGUGGAUCCAGUCGCCGAUUUGGAAAGCGAGUCCGACUGAUCGUAGAACAGAAACUGGUAGAUAAUUAAUCGAAUCAUUCCCUUUUAACGUUGAAAUAAAUGAAUUGUUGAUGCUCGACUGCCUCCC